UCCCCGCUUCUGAUUGGGCUGGCGCGCCGUCAGUAAAGAAACGCCCGCCCCUUGAAAUAGUAGGUUAGUGUUUACCGCGGUGCAGCGCAGGACCCGCCAAGCGCAGAGCCCGUACCCGGGUGAGCACAGAGGGCACAGUACAAGCCGCAGAAUGGACAUGAAGAAGAGGAUUCACCUGGAGCUGCGCAACAGGACGCCGGCCGAUGUAAAAGAGCUUGUCCUGGAUAACUGCCGGUCAAAGGAAGGAAAAAUCGAAGGUCUGACAGAUGAAUUUGAAGGACUGGAAUUCCUGAGCACAAUAAAUGUCUGCCUUAGCUCAAUUGCAAACUUACCAAAGUUAAACAAACUGAAAAAGCUGGAGUUGAGCGAUAACAACAUCUCGGGUGGACUGGAAGUAUUGGCAGAAAAAUGUCCCAACCUCACACACCUCAACCUAAGUGGGAACAGGAUAAAGGACCUGAGCACAAUAGAACCUCUGAAAAAACUAGAGCAUCUAAAGAGCUUGGAUCUAUUUAACUGUGAGGUUACCAACCUCAAUGACUACAGAGAAAAUUUAUUCAAGCUCCUUCCCCAACUCACUUACCUUGAUGGGUAUGACAGAGAUGACAAAGAAGCUCCUGAUUCUGAUGCUGAAGGUUAUGUAGAGGGCUUGGAUGAUGAUGAGGAUGAUGAAGACGAAGAUGAUUAUGAUGAGGAUGUGCCGCCAGGGGAGGAAGGUGAAGACGAUGAUGACGAGGAGGAAGGGGAGGAAGAAGAAGUGAGCGGAGAGGAAGAGGAGGAUGAGGAUGCUUCUAGAGAAGGGGAAGAAGAUGAAGGUGAUGAAGAAGAACACGGGGAAAAGAGAAAGCGAGACCAGGACGACGAGGGGGAAGAUGAUGACUAAUCGAAAAUUGUAUGAAAAUUAAGGAAUUGAGGACUGAGACCCACAUUUUGAUAAACAAAAAAAGAGGAGGACUGAACCCUAAAACCCUUUCCAAAUUUUCUGUUGUAAUUUGACUGUUUUUACCUUGAAUUUCCCUGAUCUUUUUUUUUCAUUGUAAGGUUCCUUUAAGCUGGAGAGUGAAAAUGGAGAAUCACACCUUGUUUUCCUACUGUUGCUCUUGCAGCUCUUUCAACUUGUUCUUCAGCUGUUUUCUUUUUCCUUAGAAGAUUCUGUGCAACCUGACUCAUACAUUUGUUAGAAGCCCUAUUACUAAUGUGUUUCAAUUAGUUUAAUGUCACUAAUAGUUUUUUUUUUUUGUUGCCAGUAAAAGAAGUCUUAACAUUUUUACACCACUAGCAGUUGGUUUGCAGCAGGCCCAAUGGCAGCACCAAAAUCAUGUUUCUCCAAAUGAGCAUUUUAAUCUGUCAUGUCCUACCCAGUGACAUAAUACUGCAGAGCCAUUUCCAGCCUAUUCAUUAAACUGGUCUUUAAAAACCAGGCACAGUACCUAGCAUUUCCCAAUGAUGCUAUCCAAGAAUAUACAAUGUGCACCCAACUAACAUUUUGAGAUACAGAAAAUAUCUGUGCUCUCAUUGCUGCUGAGCAAGUACAUUUAACAAAUGACACAUGAAAUACAAUAUAUAUAUAUAUAUACAGAUUGAAAGACUGGCGUUUCCAGCUGGGCAUUCUCACAUCUAAACAAUGCUUUGUGUAAAAGUUAGUUAGCAUUCUACCAAAUUCAUGAUAACUUGCUCACACGGUGCACUUUUUCAUCAGAAUCUCUGAAGAUUUCAUUUUACCUUCGAGAAAGCAGUACAGCAUUGUCUACACAUAUUCAAUAGAAUAUAUUAAGCAUACGCAGACUAUUCCAUAACACCAUAUACAUGUUUUACGGAACAUUUAUAGAAAAGAAACGUGAAACGAAUCCAUGCUCAUAAAUAAGGGUUUAUUUUCCCUUUUAAAACGUAUCCUCAGAAAUAUCUGUAAUUCAUUAUAACCUUGUAUGUUUAUGUGAGAGUGUUUUUGUAGAUUUCCCGCAGAAGAGGCUAUUCUAGUUUUGUUUAGCAACUGUCCACAAGCCGCGGUAUGUGUAGUUUACUGUUCAAAAGCACGGAUUGUCCACACAGUGUUGUGAUGCCACAGAUGACAUCACAUAGCUCGAGGCUUUCCUUGAUUAGCUAGUAAUUAUUAUGCACGAUAUCUGUUUCCUUGAAUCAACAGUGUGUAUUAUGGAAGCUGAGGGGCAACGUUCAGAUAACUGUAAUAUGAUGUAGAGAAGGGUUAUCUUAUCUGCUAACAAAAUACAGACGUCAUUUAAAGAUAGUUUCCCCUUUAAUGAGAGUAGGUGGCUGGAGUCCAUUUUCAGGAUAGAUUCUGAGAACAUUUUUUAAAGUUAUCACAUGAGCAUUUUAUUUGAACUAUUUUAAGUUAAGCAUCAGACUUUAGCAACAGAUCAUGUUAAUAUACACGAAAAAAACAAUUUUUCUUUUUUACUUAUACCCCCCUAUGUCUGAGUAUGAAGUGGCUGCCAACCCAUUAGCCCUAAUCAAUUCUACAAACAAGAUUGACGUAAUGACAGUGGUAAUGGACAGGCCAUUAUGGAACUGUAAAAAUGAGACGGCAGUGCAGCGUGGAAUCAGGCUAAAAUAAAGCUGACCUUGGUCCCAUCUUGGAAUGCCAGGAUACCAACUCACUAUUUUAGAAAUGCAUUGUGUGUUUUGAAUAUGACUUCACUUUCCUCUGAGUAUGGGGUUUGAUUUGAGAUCUGGAUUCAUCACUUUAGUGAAGUUCUUUCCAAUUCACCGAGGCUUCUGUGGUUUUUCAGAACUUGUUUCUUAUUUAGGAGUGACUCUUUAUGCCCUCUAUAUAAAUUAGCAGAUUAUAAUUGGCUUCCAUUUUGAUAGGAGAGCCAAACGCUGCAGUUUGUUUGUCAUUGGUAAAUUUCAAUAAAACCGUUUUUUUUUUGUACAA